CUGGUCCAAAGUUGUGUGUACUCAAAUCAAAAUCAAUUGAGCAUGAAGUCGGAUGGUAGACUCUCAUUAGAGGAAUUGCACCUCAACGGAUAUACACGCGAGCUUCUCUAAACUUAGCGACUGAGGGAAGUUCAAUAUAUUGUAACUUGACUGUCAGCGUUGACGUUCGCAAACAUGAUACGAACAGGUGGACAUCAUCCACGCAACGGAUCAAGUUCUAACCAGAAACCACUGAAAGAUGACAUUGGUGUGAGAAAUGGGUAUCACAAAAAUACUGAAAAGGUGCAUACCAAUGGCAAGGUAAAUGGAUUUCGUCGGUCUUGUGAUAGGGGUGAAGAUUCAUUUGAGGAGGCUCCUAUGUAUGUGGCUGUCCUGACAUACAUGGGGUUUGGCAUUGUUACCCUAUUUGGCUAUUUCAGGGACUUAUUAAGAGCUGUUGGGCUUGAGAAGUGCAACCUGGCAGAGGAGAGAGAAGAGCAAAAGGAUUUUGUUCCUCUGUAUCAAGAUUUUGAAAACUUUUACACACGCAACCUGUACAUGAGAGUUAGGGACAACUGGAACCGGCCCAUAUGCUCUUUACCUGGUCCUGUUUUUGACCUCAUGGAAAGAGUCUCUGAUGAUCACAACUGGACCUUCAGGUUAACAGGCAAAACGAUUGACAAUGUCAUCAACAUGGGCUCUUACAACUAUCUGGGUUUUGCUGAGAACAAUGUGGACUUCCUGAAAACUGUAGCAGAGAAGACCGUUCAGUACGGCGUGGGGGUCUGCAGCACAAGACAGGAACUUGCCAACCUCACUAUUCAUAAGACACUGGAGGGGCUUGUGGCGGAGUUCUUGGGAGUGGAGUCUGCCAUGGCUUUCGGAAUGGGAUUCGCCACCAAUUCCAUGAACAUUCCUGCGCUAGUGGGAAAGGGCUGUCUCAUUCUGAGCGAUGAGCUAAAUCACACCUCCCUCAUCCUGGGAGCCAGGUUGUCGGGGGCAACCAUUCGGGUCUUCAAACACAACAACAUGCAAAGUCUUGAAAAGAUGUUGAAGGAGGCGGUUUGCUCGGGACAGCCUCGUACCCAUCGCUCCUGGAAGAAGAUCCUCAUAAUGGUGGAGGGCAUUUACAGUAUGGAAGGUUCUUUGAUCCGUCUUCCAGAGAUCUUAGCACUGAAGAAAAAGUAUAAGGCUUAUCUGUACCUAGAUGAGGCCCACAGCAUCGGGGCGGUUGGGGCCACAGGUCGCGGAGUUACAGAACAUUUUGGGGUGGAUCCGAAAGAAGUGGACGUUCUGAUGGGCACCUUCACUAAGAGCUUCGGUGCUGUUGGCGGGUACAUAGCGGGCAAAAAGGAGCUGGUGGAUUACUUGCGAAGUCAAUCUCACAGUGCAGUCUACGCUACAGCCAUGUCCCCACCUGUUGUAGAACAGAUCACCAGGGCCUUGAAAUGCAUCAUGGGAACUGAUGGCACAACAGAAGGCCAGCGUAGAGUUCGGCAACUGGCUGACAACACUCGCUACUUCAGAUCUCGGCUUAAUGACAUGGGCUUCAUCAUUUACGGCAACCAGCACUCUCCCGUGGUACCGCUGCUGCUGUAUCUGCCGGGGAAAGUUGGGGCAUUCUCACGGGCCAUGUUGGAGAGAAAGAUUGGUGUUGUAGUCGUAGGUUUCCCAGCUACACCCAUUACAGAGGCCAGGGCUCGAUUCUGUGUGUCUGCUGCCCACACCAGAGAAAUGCUUGACAAGGUUCUACAGAGUCUUGAUGAACUUGGAGACAGCAUCAGAUUGAAGUUCUCUCGUCGCAGAUGUCCUGUUCGGCCACAGGUGCACAAUGAAACAGACUUUGACCUGGACAGCUGAUCAUUGAUCGUGAGAGCAUUCGCUCACUCGCUGCUUCAGUAACCUCAGUGAGAAUGAGUUUUGAGCGUUUAAAGUGCCUUACUGUUCCACCCAAAACAGUUCUUCAUUUCCCCAAAAUGUGUUCAGUGUUCGUAUAAGCUCUUAAACCAUGCACGGACGGACAGAUGACGUUAUGCUUUUUUUAGCAUGUACAACUCCCAGCUUGGUCGCCGGUUCGAAUCCCACUCCGAGUGGGUCGAGUGGAACUGGUUACAAUUACCCAUUUUACAUGUAUAUAUUGUAAACUUGAAUUGAAUUGCUUUUUUUAACUGCUCUUUCGCAUAUUUGUGAAGUUGUAUGGUAAAUUAUCUUUUCUCAGGGGAUUGUGGUAAUAAGGAGGGACCGUGACUGCUGUUUUUGCAGAACGUUUAUCAAAAGCUGCUCUAAAUAUAUUAAACAAUUAACUUGCUUAACACUGACGUACAUCAAAAGUCUAGCUGCAGAUAAGAAAAACCUUGAAGUGGCUCAAUUUUUUUAUCCUGCUGCUAAGAUGAACUGAUGAAAGACUUCAUCCAGAAGUUCAUUGAUUAAACGAGAUAGGACAAACGUCUGAGACCCAAGCACACUCGCAGUCAUUUAACAUUAUGGUAUUGCAUCUUUAAAAUCCCAAUAGACUCUAUUUAAAUUUCAUGUGCAUGAAACUACUGAUUCCUAAAUAAAUCUGCAGAAACAUUUAUGAA